CGCGGGACAAGACAACGCGUCCGUCCGUCCCUCCCUCCCUCCCUCCCAGCGCCUCUGUCCCUCUUUUCUUCUUCGUCCACUGCCCUCCAAUGCUCAGUACAAAAUCUCGACUACUUGCACCACUUCGGUUUUUAUCCUGCCAUUCGCCUUUGCCUUUCGCGCGCGCCGUUAGAAACUGCCUCGGCAGGAGGGAGGAGAGGAGGCUGUGAAGAUUGAUUCUGGUCUGCAGCAGUGCACGCCGGCAACAUGAGGUUCAGGAUCCGGAAGAAGCCUGCGUCCGCGCCGCCGGCGGAGGCCGACCCUUCUUGCACGGCCGCCCUGGCGGGGACUGCGGACGGCGGCGGCGGCGGCGGCGGCAGGAUGACGAUCGUCGAUAGCCCAGAUCGCUACGGCACAGAGAAUGGAGGAAGCAGAGAUGAGUCGUUCUUCGAGGCAAGGCCGUGGUUAGACUCCGACAGUGAAGAUGAUUUCCAAAGCGUGAGGGGAGACUUCACUCCUUCAAGAGGUAGCACACCAGAUCACCAGAUGCAAACAUCGUUCGCAGCGAGGAUAUCUGCGGACAGACCGAUUCCUUCACUGACGGAGAAGAAGCAGAGGCUCCUUGAGCUGCUUCAGGAAAAGCAGCAGUACGAUGACGAGCAUGAUGCUGCCACUACCGAUGCCGGCAGCGAGACCGGGAACAGCAUUCAUGCUGAAGAACAUCUGAAUCCUUCUGGGAAAGUAGAGAAACAAAAGAAGCCAUCCAAGGCAGGCUGCUUCGCUUGCUCUGCUUGGAAGCUUAGCUUCAAGGGCUGUUGGAAGAAGAAGAAAGAGCAGAAGGGUUUGUGAAUUAGUUCUCAGGUGUUGGAUUUUGAGUCCUUGAAAAAUAUUACCGCAAGAGGGCGGGUGUAUAUACCUUUUUUGGGGGUGAAAUACCGCAACUAGAAGAAGUUUAAAGAGUGUGGAGUUGCCUGUCCAAUAGUGACAUGAAUAGUGAAACAUAUACUCUGUAUUAUACAGGGUAAAAUAUAUAGUAUACAUGAUUACUUCUUCCUGUUUUGUUAUUA